CCCUUCUUUUCCUCGCACCACCACAGUAGCCCCCCAUCCCAAUGGCAAAGACUGAGACUGAGACCAAGACCAAAACCGCGACGAGAUCGGCAAAUGCGAGGACGAAAAAGGCCCCCGCUGACGGUGUCGAGAAGAAGAAACGCGAGCCUUCUGCGUACAACCUGUUCGUUAGCGCGAACAUGAAACAGUGGAUCAACGACAACCCAGGGAGGCCGCGCCCUGAGGCCAUGAAGGCUGUUGCCGCGAUGUGGGCUGACGCCCCGGAAAACCCGAAACGCGGACAGCCGGUGGUCAAGCGUGCGCCGAAGGAAAAGGCACCGAAGAAAGCGAAGGAGACAAAGGCGAAGCCCAAGCCCAAGAAGAAGAAGGCCGAUUCUGAAGAGGAAGAGGACGUCGAGGAGGAUGAGGAUGAGGAGGAUGCCAAAGAAGAAGACGAUGAAGAGUGAAAAGCCUCUGUCUACCAUCGCGCGCAGAUGCGUGUAUGCUCGAUGUACCCCAGUUGCCAUGACCGCCUAUCCUUAUUCGUGUUGUCUGUGUGUACCUGUAAUCCCCUUUUACUGUCACUUCUCUCUUCGUUUAGCAAAAACUCCCUUCUGUAAUGGCGCUCAUAUCACAACUCGUUUCGAAUGCAACUGUUCUCGGUUCUUGUUCCGACUUUUC